AUGGUCGAGUUUUUUUCUCUAUUGUGUUUUGAAUGUCAUUGUUUUAGGAAGAAACUUCCCCAAGUCCCUGAGACUGUAUUAAAGAGGAGGAAACAAAGAGCUGAGAUCAGGGCUAAGAUUAUCCAAAACAAAGUCAAACUCGCUGCUAAGAGCAAGGAAAAGAGGGCCAAGAUCUUCAAGAGAGCCGAAAAGUAUGUGGCCGAGUACCGUCAGGCACAGAGGGAACAACUCCGCUUAAAGCGUGACGCCGAAAAGAAUGGUGACUACUACGUCCCUGAUGAGCCCAAGCUUGCUUUCGUCGUUCGAAUUCGCGGUAUCAACCAGAUCCAUCCUCGUCCACGUAAGGUAUGCUGCUGCGUUCAAAUUUCUUAUUUUUAUUAUCUUUUCAUCGCUCAAGCACGAGCACUUUUGUGA